CGAUGGUUUACCUGAUAGAAUAGUAUAAUAAAAUAAUAUACUUGGCAUAAUCCUAAUGGUCCUAUCUGUCUCUCUAUCACUUCCCGAUGAUUUCGAGACCACAUUCAACGACUUCAAAUUGAAGCACAAGUAUGACUACAUCAUCAUCCACCUCAACGAAGACAAAUCAAGCUUAGUCGUGGCCGAUAAAUGUGACACCUCUUCAAGAGAGAAGACUCAAAUCUUUGAGGAAAUGUCCGAGAAAGUCCUAAACCUCGACAAAAGCUGUUUCAUUCUCUUUGAUAACCCUUUCGCGUGGAUCAAGUUCAUAAAGGAACAAGAAGACGUCAAGACAAAAAUGCUUCUGGCCUCUUCCUUCCAGAGUGUCCGAACGAGGUACAACACAGGCUAUUUCGAGGCCUAUGGACCCUCCGAUAUGGUUUAUGGCACUUUUAUUAACAAUCGUAAAUCCUAAUCCCUUCUUAAUUAUUACUGGAAGUGUUAUUUAACAUGAUUAUUC